AUGCGCGAACGAGACGCCGUUGCUCCUUGGGUGUCCAGCGAGGACGCAGGCCCUGGCUUCUCCUCGGCCUCUCGUUCGUCUCCAUUCCGUCCGCGGGAUCAUCUCGAGAGUCUGAUCCUCAAGCACGGUUACCCCACUCCGGUGUCCCUGUCCUCCCUGCGGGAUCUCACGGCAACCUCCUCCGCAUAUCAUCCCCCAUCGCCGCCCUCUCGCUCCUUUCGCUCUUCUCGUCCUCAUCUUCGGCAUACCGCGGAUCUCCCCUUAGACGCUUUCGAGUCUCUCUCCCUCUCUGCCUCCUCUACCCGGCCAAUCCCGAUUCCUCGCCGGGCCUCCCAAUACGUCGACAUCGAGGAUCUCCCAGUGACUCCGCUCACCGGCCGAUUCGAUCACGACGACUAUAUUGAAGAUUGGGAGCGCGCCUCACUCUCAGCCAAGUCUCGACACCUCCGCUCCCCACGGUCCUCCUAUAGAGGCCGGGAAGUCAGAAUGCGCUCCGAUCGUUCGCCCUUCUAUUCGCCUGUGGCAUCUCCUACCAUGUCUCCCCGCCGCCCAAGCUCGCCGCAGCCCGCGCGCAAAUCCCAACCCGCCCCAACCAAGCCCAUGCCCGGCUUCAAUCUGGGCAGCCUGCCGCGCUUUCACCCCGCCGUCUACCAGCCCCCUUCCACCGACGACCGAGAUGCCGUUUGGCAGCCUCCGUCACCGCGUCAGUUCCGGCAAACCAGUUAUCUCUCGGCGGGGUCACGCGACUCGAAAUGGGAACUCUUCGGUGGUGCCACGCAAAGCCCAUCCGCCCCGCGUCUCGACCCACUCCUGAGUCCUGGCCCUGUCACGCCGCUCGCGCUCGAAGCUAAUGACUACUUGUCCGCCAACUCAGGCUCAAAGUCGAGCAGCAAACCCAACCGCUUCUCACAAGACGGCACCGGGUACUCCACCGGAUACUCCACCGGGCCGCCAGCCGACUUGAUAGAACAACUCAUUGCGCGGGAGAACGAGAAGGCUCGUCAGAAGAACCGCAAAUCCACCAAGGGUCGGUGA